AUGAACAUAUGGUACCCUAACAACCCUCCAAUGAACAAUAUUACUUCGCUCAAAAAUCAGAACGUAUUGUCCAGGAGAGAAUCGUUUAAUAAAGAUCCAUUUGCUAUAAGGAAAAAUAAUCUAAAAACGAGAGACAAUGCAUCUCCCAAACAUGGUUCUCUAAAUAAAAAAAAAGAUUUGAACAACAAAAGAACAAAUGUGUUGCAAAAACAUAACCGCACAAAAGAAAAUGACCUGUUAAGAAAGAAGUCACUAAAAGAAGAAAAUUUUAUACGGACAAGGAGUGCGGUAAGAAAAAAAGUAAUAAUUCCUCUGAAGUAUAAUAACUCCAUAAAUGACACUGCAGCUAUAGAUAGAAGGGAAAUAUUGCAAAAAAGAAACCUUUUAAUAAAGAAAGUCGAUAUAAGGAAGGAUAUACAGAAACCAACACCAGAGAGCAAUUCCUCGGAAAAAAUUGAUGUGGAAACCACCGCAAAAAACAAAUUACCAGAGAGUGAUUUGCCAGAUGAAUUUGAUAAAGCAAAAAUCGAACAAAUCUUCAGAAAGAAAAAGUGGACUGUAGAAAUAUAUAUGAGUGAAAACAAAGGAAAAGAUAAAAUAAUAACGAGUAAAAAAAAAAAGAAAACUACUAUUAUAAGCACACACAUGUGUGAGAAGACUAAGCAAGGUGAACUCAUAGACAUCCUUGAUUCCAAAAGUAACGAUGAUAAAAUCGGAGAACAGAAAAUCGCCGGGAAGAAAAAAUUCACGAUAAAUAUACAUUUAGACAAAAAGAAGAAAGCAAAACUAUUUAUUAAAAAAAAAAAAUGUGUGAUUGAAGCUAUUAUGAAAAAUGCUUCCCCACAGAAGUUGGAAAUAUUGGAACAACACUCUUGCUCCAAUAUAAUUGAUGUGGACGUGAAAGAUCCGUUAUACCCAACGACACAAGAAGCUGUUUUUGAAUGUAUUCUUGCAAGCAGUACAGAGACACCCAGUAGAAGCAGAAGAAAAAGAAGAGUUCAAAUUUUACGAAAAUGGGGUAUUUAUGGAUUAAUACCAAUUGUUGCUAUAGGAGCCAUAAUAGGUUGUACAAUAGGAUACAUUCAUGUCAUGCCAGUGGAUGUUAUCUUUGACUCUACAGCUGUAGGUGUUCAAUCAACCGUAGAAUCGGUUGUACAGAAUGUACCUGGCAUUGCAGCUAAAGUAGGAAAGUGUGUGGUUGACACGGCAAAGGAAGCAUUGGGGUGCUAA